GGCUCCGGCCUUUCAGGCGCCUUCGGCUUUGCCGGUUCCUGUAGAAGACAGCGCUCAGCUCCGGUCACUCUUCCCAGAUCUUUCCUCCUCCCUACUGAGAUCUCCGUUAUAGAGACAUGUCGCUCAUUAGCGCUGGACGUGUGUGCGCCCGUAUCCUCGGAGCCAAGAACUCCCCUUGUGCUCUGAUUGCUGCACGACAGGCAAGCUCUUCCACGAAUCUAAAAGAUGUCCUGUCAGAUUUAAUUCCCAAAGAACAAACUAGAAUCAAGAACUUUAAGCAGCAGCAUGGAAAGACGGUGAUUGGGCAGGUCACUGUUGACAUGGUAUAUGGUGGUAUGCGAGGCAUGAAGGGGUUGGUCUAUGAAACAUCUGUGCUUGACCCUGAUGAGGGUAUCCGUUUCCGAGGCUACAGCAUUCCAGAGUGUCAGAAGUUGCUCCCCAAGGCUCCAGGAGGGGAAGAGCCAUUGCCUGAGGGACUCUUCUGGCUUUUGGUGACUGGGGAGGUGCCCAAUCAAGACCAGGUGAACUGGAUUUCCAAGGAAUGGGCAAAGAGGGCUGCUCUUCCUUCCCAUGUGGUCACCAUGCUGGACAACUUCCCCACCAACCUGCACCCCAUGUCACAACUCAGUGCGGCCAUCACUGCAUUGAACAGUGAGAGCAAUUUUGCACGGGCCUAUGCUGAAGGGGUCAACAAAGCCAAGUACUGGGAGUUGGUUUACGAAGAUUCCAUGGAUCUGAUUGCCAAACUGCCUUGCGUUGCUGCAAAGAUCUACCGCAAUCUUUACCGCGAGGGAAGUAGCAUCGGCGCCAUUGAUUCCAAUCUAGACUGGUCUCAUAACUUUACCAACAUGCUGGGUUACACAGAUCAACAAUUCACAGAGCUGAUGAGACUUUACCUGACGAUCCAUAGUGACCACGAAGGAGGCAACGUAAGUGCUCACACAAGCCACUUGGUGGGUAGUGCUCUUUCUGAUCCUUACCUUUCAUUUUCUGCUGCCAUGAACGGAUUGGCAGGCCCUCUUCAUGGUCUGGCUAACCAGGAAGUUCUUGUGUGGCUCACAAGUCUGCAGAAGGAUCUUGGUGGAGAGGUGUCGGAUGAGAAACUGAGAGAUUACAUCUGGAACACUCUGAACUCUGGCAGGGUUGUCCCUGGAUAUGGUCAUGCUGUGUUGCGAAAAACCGACCCACGCUACACUUGCCAAAGAGAAUUUGCUCUGAAACACCUGCCAGACGACCCUAUGUUCAAACUGGUGGCUCAGCUUUACAAGAUUGUUCCCAAUAUAUUACUGGAGCAAGGCAAAGCCAAGAACCCCUGGCCUAAUGUGGAUGCUCACAGUGGAGUCCUCCUACAGUAUUACGGCAUGAAGGAGAUGAACUACUACACCGUUCUCUUUGGUGUAUCGCGGGCGCUGGGUGUUCUGUCUCAACUUAUCUGGAGCAGAGCUCUUGGAUUCCCCCUGGAAAGACCUAAAUCAAUGAGCACAGAUGGCCUCAUGCAGCUUGUCGGUUCAAAGUCUGGCUGAUCACAACAGGAAGCGCCAGGGCUCCUCCAUUUUGUAUGGAGGGCUCUUAAAAACACAAAGAAAAAAAACAAAAAAAAAAACAGACAGUACACCUUUUAUUUCAACGGACUGCUUUGCACCCCACUGUUUUCUGAAUUACGAUGAGGAAACGUCUGUUUAUUUUUGCUGAACGUCCAUCUUGCAGCUCAGCCUGAGCCCCUUUCCUUACUGAAGAGAUCUCUAUUCAGUUCUCCAUCAGGAAAUGGGUUCCAGUGCUGCUGGUUAGAAUCAGAACUCUGGAACCCCCCUCAGUCACAACCUAUUAAUUCACAGACCCCAUUGUUCUGCUUAUUUAUAAUUCUGCCAAGGGCAGUCAUUGCCUCCUAAUAUUGUUACUUUACUGCAGAAGCAGUGGCCCCUAUGUUAUUAUACACAGGCUUGUAUGGCACCCCCUUAUAAGUCUAGUUCUGAAACACCAAGCCUGAACAGACCUAACUUCAUAUCUUCAGGAGUGUGUGGGUAUUGUUCUCUUAAAUUUUGGGAAAUGUGAUUCUGUUGCAGCAACCUUUAACCUGCUGUAGGUUGGCUGAAGGGCCUGCGAGGCAGUUGAUAUAAGUCAGAAGUAUUGGACUUUGGUGGCCCAGGAACAUCCAAACUGACUGUCAGGCAAGGCUUUGGCAUUGUAUCAUCCCUGUUCUUAUCCUGUGGAUGCUCCCCCGUCUGUCACUCCCUUGUACAAACUUUGUUUUUAAGAUUUAGGUUUUUAUGUAGGUGGACAGUUCAUCCUGCCUGCUGAUCACAAUGACAUUAUAAGGGAGUCCAGGAGCAAGAAUUAUUGUGGAUGGUGUCCUGCUUUUAAUGUCCCUCAACUGUCGUUAAGCCACUUCCUGUGGUCUAUUGGGCCUUACAAGUGUAUAAUCAAUGUAACCUUUUUGUGCUUUACACACACACAACUGUGAAUUCAGAUUGUUUAGUUAUCCGAGGUGGUCUCUGUUUCUGUUUUUUCUUUUUUAAAGCUGCCUUUAGUUUUGCCCUUCCCUUGCUUGUGGCAGCAGUCUAGGUUUUCUUGCAGCAGUGUCUGAGCUCCCAGCAUCCCAAGCACUGCAAAAGCCUGGGAGCCACAGGUUGAGUUUUGCUACCUAAUAGAAUCCUGUUUAGCCUACAGGGUUCUGCAUUUCAAAGGCCAUGGCUCUUUAGCUUUCUUACAGAAUAGACAAUGACUGAGUAAAUGUUGAUUAUACAGUAUCCGUAUGCCUGUUUCCCAGUCCUCCUGCACUAAUUUAUUGAUUAUCAUGCGAGUGCACUUUCCCAAGCUGCUAAAUUAGUCUUCCUCCCGUGCAGGAAUGUCAGGCUUCCAGCCCUUCAGCAGAGUCUAGUGAAUGAUAUUAGGAAUCCUAAUUCUCAGAUGCUGGAGGGUUGCAGUUUGGCAUCUCUACUCUACAGCAUGACUGUCCAUCUAUAGGCCCAAAAAGGGAAACCAACAAGAUUGUAACCCAUUAGUUAAUACACUCCUGUUCACUGGUCAACCUUUUCCGUGUGGUAUUGCCUAACCUGUUCUUGUCAGUGCAGACUAAUCGGCCAUCAAAUGCUCUGUAAACUAUGGAUUCAUAUUCCAAUUUACAACAGACUUAAGGUUGUUCUGUAUAAAUGCAAAAUAAAUGUUUUUAUUACCUAUA